AUGGCACCAAGUAAGGUAUCUCAAGUUGCCCAGACGGCGAGAUUGGCUGCAAGUGUCGUAAAGAACAGAAGUAGCGCAGGGAGAACAUUAUCUCAAGCAGGACAGUAUCAAGCAUUGAGAAUGGUAAACCCAGCACGUCCAGCUUCUUCAGAAUCAGGAAAAAACAAGUUGACAGUCAGAGAUGCAUUGAACUCUGCAAUGGCAGAGGAGCUUGAUAGAGACGACAGCGUGUUUUUAAUUGGUGAAGAGGUUGCGCAGUAUAAUGGUGCUUAUAAGAUUUCUAGAGGGUUGUUAGAUAGAUUUGGUGAAAGAAGAAUCAUCGACACCCCAAUUACUGAAAUGGGAUUCACUGGUUUAGCAGUUGGUGCAGCAUUGGCUGGCUUGAAGCCAAUAGUUGAGUUCAUGACAUUUAACUUUGCUAUGCAAUCCAUUGAUCAAAUUAUCAACUCUGCAGCCAAGACAUACUAUAUGUCUGGUGGUAAGCAACCUUGUAAUAUUACUUUCCGUGGUCCUAAUGGUGCUGCUGCUGGUGUUGCUGCUCAACAUUCCCAAGAUUAUUCUACGUGGUAUGGUGCCAUUCCUGGAUUGAAGGUCAUUUCUCCUUACACAGCUGCAGAUCACAAGGGAUUACUCAAAGCUGCGAUUAGAGAUCCAAAUCCAGUUGUUUUCUUAGAAAACGAGAUUUUAUACGGUGAGGCCUUUGAGGUGGAUGAAGAAGUUCUUUCUCCAGAUUUUGUUCUUCCAAUAGGAGAAGCUAAGAUUGAGAGAUCAGGAACUGAUAUUACUAUGGUUUCUCACACAAGAAACCUUGAAUUUUGUUUGUCUGCUGCUGAAACUUUGAAGAAAGAUUACGGUGUCGAGGCUGAAGUUCUCAACUUGAGAAGUAUCAAACCUUUGGACGUUCCAGCCAUUAUUAAGUCACUUAAGAAAACAAACCAUUUGAUCACUGUUGAAUCAGGUUUCCCUGCUUUUAGUGUUGGGUCUGAAAUUUGUGCCCAAAUCAUGGAAUCUGAUGGUUUUGACUACUUAGAUGCCCCUGUUGAAAGAGUUACUGGUUGCGAGGUGCCAACACCAUAUGCAAAGGAAUUGGAAGAUUUUGCUUUCCCAGACCACGACACUAUCAUGAGAGCAUCUAGGAAGGUUUUGGGUUUGUAG